CCGCCUCUCCGUCCUCGUAUCUUCGUCUUCCUCAAACCCUUCGAAACCUCUCUGGAAAAAACACCUCCGUCGUCUUCCCGCGAAAACGCUGCUCUCCGCAGAAGCCGCCAUGAACACGACCUCCGCCUCCGCCAAUCCCAACGCCUCCUCCCCAAUCGGACGUCCCCCCAACGAAUUCGACCUCCGGCGAGCCCUCGCCGCCGCCCACGGCCGCUGCUCCUCCCUCCUCCGCGACGUCUCCCGCCUCCCCGGCUCCCUCGCGUCCAAUCUCCAGUCCUCGCUCUGCGACCUCCAGGACCAGGCGAGGCACGCCCUCGACGCCGGGAUGUCGAAUUUCAAGCUCGCCGCCUCCCCCGCCGGGGCGCUGAGCCCGGUUUUCGCGCGGGUGGCGGACGUCGGCAACGCCCGAUUGGCUUCGGCCGGCGGCCCUAAGCCGCGCGGGCUGAUGUCGGAGGAGGAGAUUCAGGAGCGGCUGGCGGGCGUGCCGGUGUACGCGCUGAGCAAUGCCUCCGAGGAGUUCGUGCUGGUCUCGGGCAUCUCGACGAGGAAGGCGUUAGGGUUGUUCUGUUUCAAGGAAGAGGAUGCCGAGGCGCUGCUCGAGCAAAUGAAGAGCAUGGACCCCGGGAUGAGGGGCGGGUCUAGAGUCGUGCCCGUUGCUUUGAACAAGGUGUUUCAGCUCAAGGUUGAUGGCGUUGCGUUUAGGCUGAUUCCAGAGCUUUCUCAGAUUAAAAAUGCUAUCCAAGUAAGGCAAACGGUGGGCUUGUCUGACGAGGCCUUCCUUGGGGUUCCAGUUUUCCAGUCCAGAAGCUUGAUACUGAAGAGCCAAAGCCGAAGCUAUCGUCCAGUAUUCUUCAGAAAGGAGGACCUGGAAAAUUCAUUACUAAGAGCUUCUCACCAACAAAAUCGGUUAAAUCCUGCAUUGAGACCAGGUGACAUUCAGGUUGCGGUCCUUGAGGAAAUUAUAAAAGGAAUGAAGGAAGGUUCUAAUUCACCAUGGGAUGAUGUUGUUUUCAUACCUCCUGGAUUUGAUGUUGCCACCGAUCCAUCCCGGCAAUCGGCCCGGAAUAGCUGAUGUUGUCCAAGCCAAUUUCCUCCUUUUCUUUUCAUUUAUUUUUGGCUGGUAAUGUUGUAUCACUCGUUUUAUACGUUAUUCGCGAAUCUAAGCUACAUGCGGAACAUCAAUGUCUCGGUAGGCUGAUACUUACUGCUUUAAAUGAUUCGAGUAGGGGGUGUUCAGAACGUGCAAGUCAUUUUGAACGUUUCGACUA